AUGGAAAUCAAGACAAGGGAAAGACUCUUUCGCUCGAGAAGCAAAGGUGCAGGGACUGAAGAAAUUUUUAAGAGAGGACAAACGGUCGUAGAUUUGGGAUAUGCGCCUGGAAGUUGGUCUCAGGUAGCAGUCGAGCGCACGAAACCCGGCGGACGCAUAAUCGGCAUCGACAUAAUUCCCGCGCAACCGCCGAAGGGCGUAUCCACGAUCCAAGGAAACUUUCUCUCGCCCUCCGUACAAGACUCAGUCAAGCAAUUCCUGCUGGACCCGGACCGCGGGCGACCACGCAAACCUCUAUUCGCCGACGACGACGAUGAGAUCGAGCCCGAACCCAGCUACAUUGAACUCGAGCGACACGCGGACGAUGCGCCGGAUCCGGAUGCUGCCGGGAGGAAAGGAAGCAGGGCUCGAGAUGAGCAGGAACAGGGCAAGAUGGUCGAUGUCGUGCUAAGUGAUAUGUGCGCACCCUGGGAGCAGACGUCGGGUUUUUGGAAGAGAAGUCUGAGUGACCCUUAUAUUAGGAUGAUGAAUACGACCGGCAUAAAGUUUUCGGAUCAUGCGGGUAGUAUGGAUCUUUGCGCAGCGGCUCUACGAUUUGCUUUCGACACACUGAAGCCUGGGGGGCAUCUCGUUUGCAAAUUUUAUCAGGGGGCUGAGGAUAAACAGCUGGAGUUACAGCUUAAGAAAUUGUUUGCGGUGGUGCAUAGAGAAAAGCCCGAGUCAUCUAGAAGUGAAUCGAAGGAAGCAUACUUUGUAGCUCUUAGGCGGAAGAGGCAAGUUGAUGGUGCAGUUUUAGGCUAUGCCGAUGCUGUAUGA